AUGGUGUAUCUACUAGACGUCGCUGGAUACAAGACCUUAGUGGUGAGCGAUCCAAAAUCGCGAUGCGCCCAGGGCGUUACAUCAGACGUCUCCAAGAAGCGCAAACGGAAGUUUGAGGAAAAGAACCGCAGGGCACAGCUCUGCGGGAAAGUUGAGCAGAUCCUGAGACUUCUACCAUCCAUAGACUCUUCGUCGAAGAAACCAACGAAGAAUGACGUACUGAGGAGCGCCGCGAAUCAGCUUCGUCUGAACUUGCAUUUCCGGAUCGACGAGGCGAUGGGAAUCGAUGAUGGGCUCUUCCAGCCUAAGAGAUGGAGACCGGAAUUCAUCUCGAACGCAUCCAUGACGCAAGUUCUCGAAGCCGCGGAUGGCUUCGUUUUGUAUACGGAUCUCGAAGGAUUGGUGCUCCUCGCUACACCUAACAUAAGGAACACUCUGGGUUAUGACAGGAUGGAUAUUGAAGGAAGCUAUAUACAACAUAUACUCCAUGAAAGCGACCUCUCGAAGUUUGCGAGCAUUGUCUCGGAAGCCCGGGACUAUCCGGAAGAUCAGCUCCGGGUGCUAAACGGAAAUGUCAUAUCGCGGACUUUCACUAUUAUUGGCAAAUUCUUAGAAAAGUCGGCUGCGCGUUCCGAGAUCCUGAGUUACAAAGUGAUGCGAUGUCACGUUUGCCUCAAAGGAUCUUUGCCGAAUCAGAUCUUCAAUAUGAAACUCAUGAAGCUGGCCGUGUUCGCGCAGGAGAUCGAUAUCAAUCCAAGCAGAAAAUUCGGUCUAACAGAUUCCAUUCAGAACGAAUACAUUACUUACCACAAACUGGAUGGAACCAUAACGUUUGCGGAUCAUCGCAUAGCCUGCUUGACGGGCUUCUCGCCUACCGAGGUCUUAAUGCAGUCCGCGCAUAACUUCAUGGUUGAAGAGGACCGACCGAUCGCGCUUUUCGCGCUCGCACAAAUGCUCAAGAGAAACAAAGGUACCAUCGUGUACCGUCUGCGUACGGAAUCGGGAGAUUGUAUUUACCUGCGGUCUUUCGGGGUGGUGUCAUACGAUUCGACAAGCUUGAAGCCCGAGAUGUUCAUGUGCGUGAACACUCUUCUACCAAACGAUCUCGGCGAGCAACAGCGACUCGAGUUUGCUUCUCGUUAUUCGGCUAAAAUAGCUAUAUCGUCACAAGAGAGCAGCGCAAGCCUUUCGAGAGGAGCCGUGGGAGCGCACGACAGUCCCGACAUCUCCGACGACGAUGACUUCGUAUAUGGAGGUCGGUCAACCAAUCCCCUUGCAAUCGAGAACAUUGUCAACGACGACUUGAUGCUAGGCUCGAAAUCACUGAUCGAAUUAAAGCCCAAGGAUCAUGAUCUCGAUGAGGAUCCGCGCAGUCCGGAAAUCUGCGAUGUCCCGACAUUCAAUGGAUGCUCUCUCUCCUACAAGGACAGUAGAACCUUAUCUGCAGUGUCUUACUGGAAUACACCGGGAAGGGAGUCCAGCAGUCCCGAGUCGCAGAAUCCGAGGACAUCAUCUGCGAACGAUUCGUCUCCCUCGAGCAGCGAGAUGGGGUCUCCCCAUGGGAUCCACGGCAAUCUUCCCCUACCAAAGCAAUGGCUCUACCCAAACAGCGGAGGCUACGGCCCGGAAAAUCAAAUUAUCUCUAUUCCACCCUACCCUUUGAGAAAUUUCGCCCAGACAAGCAGCGUUCACCAACAGACUCACCGUCAUGACUUCUCAGCACAGAUCCUCUAG